UCUUCUUUUUUUCCCUCUUCAUAUACUAACUUCCAAACAAACAAUCCCUUAAAACCCAUAACAAAAAUCCUCACAAAUUCCAUGCUUUCUUUCUAAUUUUCAACAUCACCAUAAUAUCAUGUCUUAUAAUUCUAACUCAACCAACAACAUCAAACAACAACAUAAUUCCAUGCAUAAUUCAUCUUCUUAUGAACCCACAAACACCACUUUUGUCCAAGCUAACCCAUCUAACUUCCGGGCCAUUGUUCAACACCUAACCGGGUCUCAUUCUGUUUCCUCCUCCUCACAACCCGGGUCGGGUAUUUCCGAUGUCGGGAUUCGACAAACGACGUCGUUUAAGCUCCAUGAGAGAAGGCAACACCACCACCAACAACAACAAGGUGUUAUGAGAAAGUUGGAGAUGAUCAAGCUUAAUGAAAGCCCUAAUUAUUAUGGGCCGGGUAAUGGGCUUUUUCGGGCUAGAGUUGGUAAUGAGAUGAGCCAAAUGGCUAUGAUUUCACCCAAUUCUACAUUAGAUGGGCUGGGCCUUGGGAUUGGAAGCCCGAGCCCAAGGGCUGAUCCUAGGUGUAGUUUGAGUGAAGAAGAAGAAAGGGUUGUUAUUGUUGAGAAAGGGUUUUAUUUGCAUCCAAUUAGUCCUUUAAGUAUUGCUUCAAGAGAUUGUAAGCCUCAACUUUUGCCCUUAUUUCCCCUUCAUUCUCCUAGAGAUGGUCAAGAUUAAAAAUUGAAUUUUUAUUUUUUUAUUAAUAAAUUUCUUGUUAUUUGUAAUUUGAAAUUCAAAAAAAACUAAUUAUUUGGUGCAUCAAAUCAAAUUAAUUUCUAAUUAAUAGUUGUGUCUUAUUAUCAUAAUGUCUUUUUUAUUAUAC